ACAAAAUUUUGACACAUGAAAAAUACUCGUCGUCAAUAUCGAAUGCAUCUGGAAUUGAUGUGAAAUUUUCCACUUUAUAAAAUUCGUAACAAGUAAAACAUCUUUAAAGGUCACAAUGGGAAUUCUUGAAAAAAUUUCGGAAAUCGAAAAAGAAAUUGCCCGUACACAGAAAAAUAAAGCCACCGAAUACCAUCUGGGCUUGUUGAAAGCAAAGCUUGCCAAGUAUCGAUCCGAGCUACUGGAGCCUUCCAAAAAAGGCGAGAAAGGUGAAGGGUUCGAUGUGCUCAAAUCAGGAGAUUCUCGUGUUGCGCUUAUUGGGUUUCCUUCCGUUGGAAAAUCGACAUUGUUAUCAACGCUGACCAAGACAGAAAGUGAAGCAGCAAACUAUGAAUUUACAACAUUGACGUGCAUUCCCGGCGUUAUCGAAUACAAAGGAGCAAAUAUUCAAUUGCUCGAUUUGCCGGGGAUCAUUGAGGGUGCUGCCCAAGGUAAAGGUAGAGGACGUCAAGUGAUUGCAGUCGCUCGAACGGCUGAUCUUGUGAUUAUUAUGCUUGACGCGACAAAGCCCAAUGUUCAUCGUGAGCUUUUGGAGAAGGAAUUAGAAGCUGUUGGAAUUCGAUUGAAUAAAGUAAAACCGAACAUUUAUUUCAAGCAAAAGAAAGGCGGCGGAUUGAGCUUCAAUUCAACAUGCAAUCUAACCAAAUGCAAUGAAAAGAUGGUUCAAAGUGUGUUGCAAGCAUUUAAAAUCCAUAACGCAGAAAUACUAUUUCGAGACGAUUGUACUGAAGACGAUUUUAUAGACGUUGUGACAGAUAACCGAGUCUAUUUACCUUGUCUUUAUGUUUACAACAAAAUCGAUCAGAUUUCCAUUGAAGAAGUCAAUCGAUUGGCCCGUGAACCGAACAGUGUCGUCGUUAGUUGUAAUAUGCAACUGAAUUUGGACUAUUUGCUCGAGAAGUUAUGGGAAGACCUUAACCUCAUUAGAGUAUAUACCAAGAAACCCGGUAUGCCCCCAGACUUUAGUGACGCAAUUAUUUUGCGAAAAGGCGUUAGCGUUGAGCAUGUUUGUCAUUCAGUGCAUCGUACAUUAGCAUCGCAAUUCAAAUACGCACUCGUUUGGGGUACAUCAACAAAAUAUUCGCCGCAGCGUGUUGGUAUAAGUCAUAUCAUGCACGAUGAAGAUGUAAUUCAAAUUGUUAAAAAAUAAUGUUUAUUAUAUUCCAAACUAUUCUCUAAA